CGAUAGUACACCAGAGUAAAAUUUGAAAUCACUCCCAAUAUCUCAUUGACGUUAUUAUCAUCGAAGCCAAAAAAAUAAAAAAUAAAUUAUGCAGUUAUUUUAUCUGCUUAUUUCCAUUACUAUUCAUCUGUCCGUUUCGACUUUAAAUAACAAUAGUAAUUAUGACGUCAGUUUUCCGCAUUCUUAUGAUACUGAUAAAAAUAUUGAAAGACUGAAUCCGUGGUUCAGAAUCAAACGAGCAAAACCGAGGGCCAUUGGAAUAUUUCCCGGAACAAAAUGGUGUGGUCCAGGUAACAUUGCAUCACAUACUAAUGACUUUGGACGCCAUCGUGAGACAGAUCGAUGCUGCCGAAAUCACGAUUACUGUGAACCAAAAAUUCCAAAAAAGGACAAUAGAUAUGGAAUUGAAAAUGACGGGAAAAUGCCAAUAUUAAGCUGCAUGUGUGAUUUGAUAUUCUACAAUUGUCUUACCACAGAUAAGUCGGCAAUAAGUCGUACUGUUGGAUCGACAUAUUUCAAUUCAUUGCAUGGACAAUGUUUUUAUUUUGAUACCGAUGAUGAAUCAUAUAAAUUGACAAGAGUCCCUAAUUUUAAUGAUAAUUCAGUUAUUAAAUUCAGAGAAAAAUUUACUAAAAAUACUUCGAAAAAUAAUCCACGUCCAAAAGUUCACUGAAAAUUUUUUUAUUAUACUUAAUUUUUAUCAUCGCUGUUAUUAAUUGGGUUUAUUUGAUAAUUGUAUUCAUUUUUUGAGAUCAAUUUUUGCAAAGUGACUGCUCUGAAUCUUUUUAUGAAAAUUUGAAAAUUUCUUUUUCAAAAAUUCCUUAUGAAAUUUUAUCUAAUCGCAAAAAAAUUUUCCGAGGAAAUUGAUUAUUCUUUGGAUUUUAUUUUGAAUCACUUCUAAUUCUCGAUCAGUUCGAUCAAUUAAUAGAACACCAGAUUUUUUAAAAAAUAACUUUAGUGACGCAAGGAAAUUUUGAAUUCAAAUAACAAAAUUUUUUUUUUUUUAAUUUUGAUUUAGUCAAAUUUACUUGUAACUUCUAUAGAUUCAAAGUUACGUAAAAAAUGAAAGAGCACGAUUUUUUAGGAAAUUUUAUAGGCUUUCAAAAAUGUCCUUAUGAGUUAAGUGAUAAAAUGAAAAUUCAAAAAGUUAUAAGCAUUUGAAACUCAUAUAUAUAAAUCUCAAAUACAAAAAAUUGUAAAAGUCAUCCAUUUUUUUUUAAUUUCAAAAAUUAGUGU